AUGCCCCAGAAAGGAACUACACAUAUUGACGAAUGCACCACUGGAACCGACAACUGUAAUGCGAACGCACAAUGUACGAAUACCCCAGGAGGCUUCACCUGCGCGUGUAACAGCGGAUUCAGCGGUGACGGAGUAACAUGCGUCGAUAUUGACGAAUGCACCGCUGGAACCGACAACUGUAAUGCGAACGCACAAUGUACGAAUACCCCAGGCGGAUUCACCUGCGCGUGUAACAGCGGAUUCAGCGGCGACGGAGUAACAUGCGUCGAUAUAGACGAAUGCACCGCUGGAACCGACAACUGUAAUGCAAACGCACAAUGUACGAAUACCCCAGGAGGAUUCACCUGCGCGUGUAACAGCGGAUUCAGCGGUGACGGAGUAACAUGCGUCGGUACGUGA